GCACCUUCAUCCAUAUCCGACCAACCUGUCAUCCGAUCCAUCCAUCAUCCGUCAACCAUCCGCUUAUUUUCGGGUUUUCGUCCGUAUAAUCUGGAUCGGGUGGAUGAAUAUCCAUCGGAUUCGGUUGAAAUUGCCAGCUCUAGUCGAGACGUGCCUUGUCUUCUGGUGCUUUUUCCAAAAAAUUAAGGCUCAAGCCCUACCUAAGCCCACAACUUCGUGUCCAUGCCGGGCCGGGCUUUUUGCACCUGUUCGGGUCGCGCCGGCCGGGCCACAGCCACCUUUAAUCGGUAAAGUACAUUCAUCGUCCACAGACGCUCUCAUUGUGGUUUUUCCUGUUUGUUCUUCCGACCCGCAAUCCAAGCCCCCUUUUUCUCUCUAUUCCUGCCGUCUCGCUCGCCGAUUAUCGUCUCCGAUCACCGAUUUUAGUUUUCUGGCGGAAAAACUUUCAUACAAUUAGCAAGUUUGCUUGGGAAACGUGAAUGUUAGACAGAAAUCUCGUUUCCCAUUCGUUUCCGGGAUGAUUUCAGUUUCAAAUACGUCUCUAUUUUUCCGAAACGGUUUUGGCGCGUUUCCUCCGUUCCAGGACGUUUCGGAAACGGAUGUUAUUCUUGCACACUAUUUGUGUAUUGAUGCCAAUAAGCAAUAUCUUUAUAUGAUAGCUAUCCUUUGGAGACCCAGCGGGUUAGUUGACCGUCAUGUUUUCCACAAGAAGAACUUCGAAGAAAAUUCUCCGCCGUGCUAAGGAAAUCGUGUUCGUCUCUCUCGUCAAGGAUUCUCCUUCCUGUUGUUGCAUCCGGAAGCUGAGUUAUGUAAACGUGUACAUGAAAUGGAAAAAGAAUCCCAGCUACGACUCAAUUGAUACAAUCUACAGAAGCCUGGAAUUGAAACCAUUGAUAUCUCUCAAAAACUGUAUUGCCCAAGCUCCUAGUGGCUGCAUUCCAAUCUCAGAUAUAUCUAAACGGGGAUUAGAAUUGGAUGUGCCCAUCAAAGUUGCCAAGUUUAUGAGGCGGUAUCCCUCUGUGUUUGAAGAGUUCGUUGGGCCCCAGUACAACUUGCCAUGGUUUAGAUUGACCCCAAAAGCAAUAGAGAUUGACGUGGAGGAGAAAGCGAUUUAUGAGGAUUAUAAAUUAGAUUUGCAACUUAGGCUGAAGAAAUUGAUACUAAUGACUAGAGAGAAGAGGUUACCAUUGAGGAUAAUUCAAGGGGUUCAGUGGUAUUUAGGUUUGCCUGAUGGUUUUCUGAAAAAUCCUGGAUUAAAUCUUGAUGGUUCUUUUAGGUUUGUGGAAAUGGAAGAUGGGGAGAGAGCAUUAGCCAUCGACUGUGGAGAAAAGAUGAUGUCCACUUUGCAGAAGAACGCUGUAAGUAAAGGAUUGUCCAAUGGUGGAUGGAUGGAGCCAAUUCCAUUCCCUCUUUUUCCCUCAAGAGGGUUGAGAUUGAAAAGAAAGAUUUCGGCCUGGUUGGAUGAGUUUCAGAAGCUUCCUUAUGUCUCUCCAUAUGAGGAAGUUUCACAUUUGAAUCCAGAUAGUGAUAUAGCAGAAAAAAGAGUUGUGGGUGUUUUGCAUGAAUUACUCUGCCUCUUUGUAGAGAAUGCUGCUCCAAGGAAGAAACUUCUGUGUCUUAAAAAGUAUUUGAGCUUGCCACAAAAGUUUCAUAAAGCAUUUGAACGACACCCACAUAUGUUUUACCUAUCCUUGAAAGCCCAUACCUGCACAGCAAUACUGAAAGAGGCUUAUGAAGAUGAGGCCGCUAUAGAGAGGCAUCCCUUAUUUACAGUGAGAAAGAAAUACAUAGAGCUGAUGAAAGAUUCAGACAGGAUUCUAAAACAACGGAGGUUCAACAACCACUUUUCCUAUGGGAAAAUUGCUGAUUCAGAUUCAGCCUUAAAUUCAGAAAGCAUAGAUGAAGAUGGUAUUGUAGUAGAGAAGAGCUAGGUACAUGCUGUCAACUGUUUCGCAGCUGGAUGGGACUGAGAGUGACUAGGUAUUUUUCGGACAUUGGGUAAUGUUACAAUUGUGUGGGUAGACACUGGAAAACUUGUGUUGUUUGAUGUUGGACUGUUGUAUAGAGUCAUUCAGAGAUCAUGAAUAAAUCUAUCCCUGAGCCCGUUCAUCUUAUCACCACAUCCUCCAGUAUCAAAUCAGAACAUUGGAUUACUGACGAGAGAGGUUGGCAAUGGAGCCAAUUCAGUUUAAUGUCAUAGCUUCCGGAGAGAGUUCAAAUACUUCGGAGUUUCGGAGGGUGGUCCACGAAGGAGCUUUUAUGAGAAGAAGUCAAUAUUUGUGGGCUGACGAUCCAGAAGUAUGUCAGACAUUACAGAAAACAGAUACUCCUCUUGUUCCUAUUUCUGGCAAUCUUAAUAGGAAUUAUUACAAGGCCCCCAUAUUAUAUGAGACGACCCUGAUGUUCAUAAACACCUGUGUACCAAGUGUUUGUGCCUACACAUCGGUGUUUGAUAACUUUAUGUGAGUACUGAAAUCCUGCCUGUAAGCUGCUCAAGAUCUUCGAAGACAUUUUUGUGUUAUUUUGUAAAACAUACUGCUCUUGUUUCAGUUCUAGGGUUAUGGAGUAGUUCCAUGUGAAGUUGUUUUGACGGGACUGAAAGGCGCUUUUGAUCAGUGUGUGCUGGAAUGAAAUAUUCUUGAUGCAUGUCAAAGAAUUUUUAUGAACUUUAUGAUUAGUUUUUUUGUAUUGAUUUGAAAAGAGAAAAUCAGAUAAGAUAUCACUGUACACAAAGCCAAGUACUGCAGAGAUUAUAGAGAUAGAAAUCAUGGAGUUACUUUCUGUUGUGCAA